AUGAUAUCAUGUGAAUCAUCAUUUCAAAUAUUUCGAGGAAAAUUUCAAAUCCAUUUACCGGGAGUAGAAAAUUAUGGUUUUGAAGGUGAAUCAUCAUUUAUGAGAUGUAAAUUUGGAGCUGUUGCAUCAGAUUCCGAAGAAGCAUCUAAAGUUGGAAGACGUAUUUUAAAUUUGGGUGGUUCUGCAGUUGAUGCAGCUAUAGCUGUACUUCUUUGUGUUGGUGUACAUAAUUGUCAUUCAACUGGUAUUGGUGGUGGAUUUCUUAUGAAUAUUUAUGAUGUUUCAAAAAAAGAAUGUGUAGCUAUUGAUGCACGUGAAGCAGCACCAUCGAAUACUCAUCCAAGAAUGUUUGUUGAUGGAAAUCCACGACCAUCAUCAGUAUCAGGUGGUUUAUCAAUUGGUAUUCCAGGUGAAAUAGCUGGCUUUUGGAAAGCUCAUAAAAUUUAUGGCAAAUUACCAUGGUCAGCUUUGUUUAAACCAGCUAUUGAUAUGUGUAAUGAAGGUUUUAUGAUACAAAAAGCUCUUGCUUUUAGUAUUCUAAAAAAUAAAGAUAAAUUAUGGGCAGAUAAAUCUAUGAGACGAGUAUUUUUUAAAGGUGAUUCAAAUCUUGUCUAUGGAUUAGGUGAUACAAUAUAUCGACCACGUCUUGGUCAAACACUUUCAAUAAUUGCUGAAAAAGGACCAAGUGCAUUUUAUGAAGGUGAAUUAUCCGAUGGUAUAUGUGAAGAAAUUCAAGCAAAUAAUGGAAUUAUUAAUCGAAAAGAUUUAGAAAUUUAUCAUGCUCGUGUUAAACCAGCUAUAAGUAUUACAUUAGAAAAUAAUUAUAAAGUUUUUGGUGUACCACCACCAGCUAGUUCUGCAAUAACUUUACUUAUUCUUAAAGUAAUGGAUGGUUAUGGUUUAACUCCACAAUCAUUAGAUACUGAUGAAAAACAAGUACGAUUUUAUCAUAUUCUUAAUGAAGUAUUUAAAUUUGCUUAUGGUAAACGAUCAGCAUUAGGUGAUGAAUAUGAUUCACAAACAGAUAAAAAUCAAGAAAUUGAAAAAUUACUUCAUUUAAUACUAUCUCCUGAAUAUGCCGAAGAAAUUCGUAGAUUAAUUAAUGAAAAUAAAGCUCAAUCACUUGAUUAUUAUGAACCAAUGUUUGAACCUCAAACAGAUCAUGGAACUAGUCAUUGUUCAGUUAUUGAUGCUGAUGGUAAUGCUGUAGCAGCUACAAGUACAAUAAAUACAGAUUUCGGUGCUGUUGUUUAUGGACGUAAUACCGGUAUUAUUUAUAAUAAUCAAAUGGAUGAUUUUUCUCAACCAGGUUUAGCGAAUUAUUAUGGUUAUGCACCAAGUCCAGCUAAUUUUAUAAAACCUUUUAAACGUCCAAUGUCAUCUAUGAGUCCAAUACUUGUAACUGAUUCAAGUGGUGAUGUUAUUUUUACAGCUGGUGGUUCUGGUGGUAGUCGAAUUAUUUCUUCUGUUUCUCAAGUAGCUAUUUAUAAUCUAUGGCUUGGUAAAAGUAUUCGUGAUGCUGUUGAUAUGCCUCGAAUACAUCAACAACUUAUACCAAUGGAACUUGAAUUAGAAAAACGUUUUCCUGUUAAUGUUGUUCAUGGUCUUCUAGCAAAAGGUCAUACAAUAUCAGGUUUUCGUGGUGGAUGUGUUGUUCAAGCAAUUGAACGUCGUCAUUCGAAUGAAUUAUGGGCUGUAUGUGAUGCUCGAAAAGGUGGUGUACCUGAUGGUCUUGGUUAUACGAAUAUAACAAAAAGUUUUCAAAAUUGGUUUCGUCGAACAUUUAAACGAAGUAAAAAACAAAAAUUACUCGAACAAGCAAUUCAAAAAGGACGAUUAUUAACACCAAAAUAA